AUGCCUUCCAAGAAAAAGGCGAAUACACAAGUAAAUGCCGCGAAGCCACAGCCAGCGACAAACUCCUUAGGGAAUGCGCCUGCUCCACCACCGUCACUACCCAAGGUUGAUCCCACCUCCGUCCCGUCACAACCCGUUAAUGGACAAGAUGCCGCAGCGAGAUAUGAGGCAGAAUCCAAAACUGGCGACACCACGGAAUCUGCGGGCGAGCCAACCCAAACUGCAGCCGUCAACCGGAAAAAGCAAAAGCGGCGUGAAAAGGAGGCUGCAAAACGAGUUGCUGAGCAGCAGCAGGUAAAUGGAGAGCACCAUGUCAGUCCACUGCCGAAUGGGCCUCUACCGCCGGUGAAGCAAGGACGAGGACCUGUAAAAGGCUACUUUACGGAGGAACCAGAUUAUCCCGACCCUUCUGAUCCGGCCUACGCAGACCUUGGGAGUCCGGAAGAAGCCUUUUACAGCGGUGACGAAGCAGACACAAUGCCAGACAGCUCGUGGCUGAACACGAGCAAGCGCAAAAAGUCCAAAAAUUCGAGGCCCCAUCUACCCGAUAACGAUUCUCUGUCUAGAACAUCAACGAUGCUGUCAAGGUCACACAUUCCGCCUUUAUCGAAUGCUGCCAUGCGGGCGUCGCAACGACUGUCAAGCGACCACAUAUGGAAUACGUCUACCCAAGCCGAGCGGGAGAACAUCAAGCAAUUUUGGCUGGAACUGGGCGAAGAUGAACGGAGAUCUCUGGUCAAGGUAGAAAAAGAAGCCGUCUUACGCAAGAUGAAAGAACAGCAAAAGCAUUCGUGCAGUUGUUCGGUAUGUGGGAGGAAGCGGACCGCGAUCGAAGAAGAACUUGAGGUUCUGUACGAUGCCUAUUACGAGGAGCUUGAGCAAUUCGCCAAUCACAACACCGACCUUUCCAGCGUACCUCAGAUGAUGGCACCACCCCGUGCGCCCUUUAAACGCGUAGGACAUGCUAUGGCAGGUUCGUAUCCUUCUCGAGGCCGUGUACACGAAAUCGACGAGGAUGAAGAGGAUCUGGAGGAUGACGAUGAGUACGAUGACGAGGACGAGGAACCUUACAGUGAAGACGAUGGUGAUCUCGACGACCAUGGACUUCCUCCUGGUCCGCCCGAUUUCUUCCAGUUUGGCAACAGUUUGACUGUCAAGGAUGGCAUACUCACGGUCGCCGACGAUCUGUUGAAGAAUGAUGGGAAGCACUUCAUCGACAUGAUGGAGCAAUUGGCGGAGAGGCGCAUGCAACGUGAGGAAGAAAUCCGUUACCCUUCAUCCACAUUAGCUCAUCGAGAUUACCAUCAAGGUCACAAUCAUCCUCCGAUAGACGAUGACGAUGAUUAUGACGACGAGGAAGAAGAUGAAGACUAUGACAGUCAGGAGGAAGAAGACGACUACGAGGGCGACGAGAUGGACUCCAUGACCGAGGAACAGCGUAUGGAAGAAGGUCGGCGGAUGUUCCAAAUAUUCGCAGCACGCAUGUUCGAGCAACGGGUCCUGACAGCGUAUCGAGAAAAAGUGGCAGCAGAACGUCAGAGAAAACUCCUAGAAGAGCUGGAAGAUGAAAGCCGACUCGACGCUCAACGAGAAGCUAAGAAGGCCCGAGAAGCAGCCAAGAAAAAGGAGAAGAAGAAACAGCAGAAAUUGGCCAAAGAUGAGGAGAAAGCCAAGAAAGAGGCCGAGAAGGCGGCACAGGAAGCAGCGGCACGAGAGCUGGAAGAGAAACGACUAGAAGAACAGCGUCAGCGAAAAGAAGAGCAACGAAAGAAGCGAGAAGCUGAAAAGAAAGCCGCCGAGGAAGACCGGCUACGUAAGGAAGCCGAGAAGCACCGAAAGCAGCAAGAACAACGUGACCGGCAGGCCGAGACCGAACGUAAGCAACGCGAAGCGAGAGAACGAGAGCGUUUAAAACGAGAAGAAUCAAAGAGGAAGGAACGCGAAGAACGUGAAGCUAAGGAGAAGGAGGCCAGGGAGCGUCAAGAGAAGGAGGAGCAGGAGAAGAAGGCGAAACAAGACCAAGCAAGAAAGGAGAAGGAUGCGGCACAAAAAGCGGAAAGGGACCCUAAAGACCGUACAGGUCACGCUCCUGCUACGAAACAGCAGCCUGUAGCCUUACCGCCAGGUCUACAUCCUCCAUCCAGAGGUUCCAGCAUUCAAUCGCCUCAUUUUCAGGUCGCCACGCCAAUCGUACCUCCCAAAGUUCCCACUCCUGCAGGAGGUCGGAAUCGGCAGUCUUCUCAGCCUGGUCCACACUCGCAUGGGUCAUCUCCGAAGUCACAGAAAGCAAGUACUGAUGUCUCCAGAAGUUCUGGGUCUCCUGCGACAGUAAGCAUGCCUCAAACACCCGGACCUGGACAGGCGACAAAGACACAAGGCCAACCUCCGCCGCUUCAUCAUCCUCAGCCUUCGGCCCCGAGAUCCCCUCUAAAUAAUGUUGGCCGUGGCCAGUAUCCCUUCAAUAUUAAUGGCUUGCCGAGUAUGGGAAUCAAUGGUCCGCCGACCGGAGGUCAAGGGAUGAUGCCAAACAUGAUUCCUCCCAUGCCAAUGUACCAGGGACCUCCUAUGGCCAAUCACCAACGCUUCGCCAUGAAUGGAAUGCAGUAUCCGCCCGGUAUAUCCAGACCCUUUCAGCCUAGUCAACAAAUGCCUUUCGUGCCUCAGGCACCAGGUCCAGGCCCGCACAUGGUGAAUCACCAACCGGUAUCGAAGCCGCCACAGACACAUUCGAGACAACCAUCAGCAGAUAACACUGCUCAGCCUCAGCCGACGCCGAUAUCACGACCUGGACCAAUUGCGCGACCGUCGAGCACGACACCGGACAAGCAAAAACCACUGCGGAGGUCGCCUGAUGCUGAUAUCGACCAGCUCACAACACAACUGGGAAGCAAGGCGUUGCUGGAUGAUUCUGACGAACCGUUCUUGGAGACUGCCGACUCACGAAUGAACCUUCCACCAGUCGGACCGCCCGGCUCGACACGAAUACCUUUUUCCAGCAGUUUUGAUUCGAAGCAGGAACCUUUCGGUCCGAUCAAUCCAGGCUGGGGUGGCUUUAAUCCGGGUAUGAAUUCGGCGCCUGGAUGGGGACCUCCAGCACCGCAACGCUCCAGCCAAGGCUGGUCUCAGCCUCCUUUUGGAGCUAUUGGUGGUGGACCUCAACCUGUGGCCAGAUCACACUUCCCUCGGCCGAUUGCCGUGAGAUUGAUGCUUGUCCAGGCAUGUCGACAACUGUCACAGAUUCCUGGAGCAAGCGCCGACGGCUAUCAUCCUGCACCAACAAUUCUUCGGCAAUUGGAGACGAUCAAGGCACCAGGGGAGCCGCCUGUGUCUGUGGACGAGAUGCUCGGCAUCUGUGACACUGAAGGUAACCCACAGAAUGGUGGUGGUUCUUUUGAUGUCAUCAUCGACAAGUCAAGAGGACAAGUCAUCAAAUUCGUCGAAGAUACGGCACCUCAGCAUCGAAGUAGCGUUGGAGAGAUUGGAAGUCCGGUCAUGGCACAUACUCAGCACAUUCAGGCGAGUCCAUUUGGUGGUAUCGGAGCGAGCAGCUUUGGACUACCAGGCAGGGGCUUCUAG